UCCGGAAGUGCUGGUGUUCCCGGUGUGUGGGGUCAGUAGGACAGGUAACAUGGAGGCGGUGAGGGGACUGCUGGUCCCGGGGAUCCUCCCGGAGAAAUGCUUCCACGAAUUCUUUGUACAUUUUAACCUACUGGAAGUUGUCUGCCUGAAAAUCCUUCUCAGUAAGGUCCUGGGAAUUGGUAUCAUUGUUGGAUCCAUAUUAGUGAAAGUUCCUCAGAUAAUAAAGAUUGUACGGUCUGGAACUGCUGAAGGGCUAAGCUUCAACUCUGUUCUCCUGGAGUUACUGGCGUUAACUGGGACCAUGGUGUAUAGCAUCACACGUGGAUUCAAUUUUAGCGCCUGGGGGGAGGUUCUGUUCCUUAUUAUACAGACUCUUAUUAUAGGAUUUCUCAUCCAACACCUUGGAGGAAGAACAGCUUGGGGUACCCUGUUGCUUGGCAUCUAUUUUACUGUGGUAGCCAUCCUAUUGUCUCCUGUAACGCCUAUGGCCGUCAUCACAGGACUACAAGCCUUCAAUAUGCCAGCAGUCAUUAUAAGUAGGCUUAUUCAAGCCGUUACAAAUUAUAAAAAUGGUCACACAGGACAGCUGUCUGCAGUAACUGUGGCACUUUUAUUUCUUGGAUCCCUUGCACGAAUUUUCACAUCCAUUCAGGAAACUGGGGACCUGCUCAUGUCACUGACAUAUGUUGUCUCAUCUACCUGUAAUGGUGUAAUUUUAGGCCAGUUGCUUUAUUACUGGAAUGUCAGCUCAGUAGACAAGAAAAAGAAGACGCGUUAAAGGAAGUUUCCCUCCUCACCCAUAUGUCCUUCCAUUUCCUUUAUAUCAUUUUCUGUUGUUCGAUUUUCCUACCCCUUCUGUUCUGGGACCAGAGUCCAUCUCCCGUAUCCAUCAAAUCAGUACAAUGCCAUUUUUUUGUUGUUGUUUUGGUGUUUGAUUUUUCUUAUUUCUUUUUUAAUUGUUGGAAGCUGUGAACUGCUUUAAUUAA